AUGUCCGCAAAUAUUUUCGCUCAGCUCAAGGAGGCUUGGGACCUGUCUUUCUUGGAGACGCGCUCCUACUCCGAGCUUGCAGCCAGCAUAUCUCUCUUUGCUCUCGUUCUGGGCUCCCUGCGGGUGAUCUACCUACUAUACUUCCAUCCACUAGCAUCCUUUCCGGGCCCAUACCAGGCGGCACUAUCCAAUUGGUGGCAAUACAAGCUAAGCAAGACUGGCCGACAAGAAGAGACACUUGAGCAAUUGCACAAAGCAUAUGGUAAGUCUCACGGCGAAUCAUACGCCCAGACACUGACGAUCUCAACAGGCACACGAACACUCAGGAUUGGUCCAAACGAGCUUCACAUUACUGAUCCCGCGCUCUACCGUACAAUUUACUCACAGAACUACGCCUUUCCCAAACAAAAGUACUUCUAUGAUGCUUUCGCCGCACACCACUCUGUGUUCGUCGAGGGCGACAAAGAGUUGCACCGUGUACGACGUAAGCUUCUUAGCAACUUCUUCUCGAAGACGCACAUAAGGUCCAUGGAGAAGACUUUGCUUUCCAAAGCCACCCUUUUAUGUGAUAGGAUAUCGAAGACUAAAGGCAAGGGUGCAAUUAACUUUUAUUAUGCUUUCAGGUGCCUGACGGUCGAUCUCAUCACGCAAAUGGCUUUCGGAGAGUCUUUCAACUUGCUUACUAAAUCCGACGACAACACUUUCGACGCUCCCUUCCACAGGUGCUUUGAUCAAGCCGCCGAGUCACUGUGGACCAUGCUAUACUUCCCUCCUCUCCGGACUAUCGCCUUCAAUUGCCCACCCAGUAUAGCCGCCAAACUCAGCACAUCGGCCGCAAAGUUCCAGGCUCUCAUCACUGCCACCGCGGAUACCGUAGCCAAUUUCCGACGCCUGAAGACUUCCGGAAAGUCCUUCGACCAUGAACUCGUGUUCGAUUCUUUGGAACACCUGGACGAUGAACUUGUCUUAGCUGAAGCGAUCAGUACUUUGGUCGCAGGCUCUGACACCACGGCCUUCACACUCGCGACUGCUGUCCAACAGAUGAGCGAGGAUCCUUCAAUCUUCGCAAAGCUAAGGAAAGAAUUUCGCGACAGCGGUAUCAUGUCAAACCAAGAUCUCAGCCUCUUGAGACUAGAGCAGCUUCCAUAUCUGACUGCCUGCGUCAAAGAAUCGCUACGUUAUGCUAUGCCCGUGCCAGGACGACUCCCACGUGUCGUACCGUACUCAGCAACGCCUCUCAUCGUCGACGGGAAGAUCAUUCCAGCUGGAACCACCGUCGGCAUGUCUGCGUACAGCAUGCACUUCGACGAAAGCAUUUGGGGCGAAGACGCCAGAAGCUUCAACCCCGCUCGUUGGUUGACUGGAGACGCAAAAGAGUUGGAGAGAUAUCUCGUAGCCUUCUCCAAGGGUGCAAGGCAAUGUCUUGGGAUCAAUCUUGCAUAUGCAGAGAUUACCCUCACUCUUGCCAUGCUGGUCAACAGGUUUCGCUUCGAACCCGACAUCACGAUGACGGCAUCUGAUACCCGACAUCUGGACCACUUUACAUAUGAGUUUGAAGGAACUGGGGUUCGUGCCAUCGUCCAUGAGGAUUAG